AGAAAAUGCUUCCCGCCCCUCUUUUUAGACAUCAGCAUGGUGUGGUGUGGCAUCUGUAUCAGGAUCAGGCUUUCUGUCCAAAGUCAGCACAAGUGCUGGUGGCUCCAGGCAAAAUGACCCAGGUCUAAGGAGGUGGCAAUCAUUGUCCCAUCUGGGGCCUGAGAGUCCCACACGAUCAUUAGGGGCUGAGUUAAGGGCUGCCCGGGAUGGAAGUAGCUUCAGACAAACAGAAGUGGUGCACUGGCUGCAGGAGGCUCACGAGCGACUUGAGUCUCAACUGGACUGGCUGAAGACCAGAGACAUGCUGAGCUACAACGCAGCUAUUGCACAGCUGCCUGGCAGGGCAAGUUGAUUGAAAUGUCUAAGACCAAAUGCCUUAUUUGUUUUGAGUGUGUUGAUUUUUUCAUUCUCUUUAGCUGUUUUGGAUUGAUUGCUACUCUGGAUAAGUAUUUGGUUUGUCUUGCACACAGCAUCCUCUCACCACGUAAUAAUGUGUCCCAUAGCAGCUACCACAAAUGAUGAAGGGCCUCGAGGAUGAGAAGAAGGCUGCUGUAUCAGCUGAAAAUGAAAAAAGCAGACAGUGCAGAGAACUCUGCGAAAAGGUCUUAAAUCUGGAGAAGGAUUUGUUACAUAUGAGGUCUGCUCUGGACAGAGGAAGCAUCGAUCAAUCAACCGAGAGAGCUCCGGGCUCGCUCAACAGAACAUUACCAGAGAAGCAGAAAGUUGACACAGAGAUGCUGGAGUUGAGAGAGGCUCUGAAAGAGGCUGAGACUAAGGCAAAGAUACUAGAAGAAGAGCGUAACAAGGCACUCCAACAGCUUCAAGCAUCUAUUGAGAUGCAGAGGACGCUGUUGAGUCAAAUAGAGGAGACGGACAAGAAGCUCAGCCACACUGCACAGGAUCAUUCUGAACUGCAGAAAGAGCUGAGCGAAGCCAACAACAAGAUCAGCCAAGCAUGCCUGGAAAAGGCCAUCUUAUCAACUCAAGUGUUGAAGUUGGAGGACAAUAUAAAAGAAAUAAAGUCCAAACUGACUGAGGCUCUGUGUGACAAAGAUCACCUGAUACAGGAGAAGACAAAUCUUCUCCACAGGGUUCAAGUCCUGGAGAUGCAGACUCACAACAAACAGCAGCAGAAAGAUGUUGUGGUGAAGGAAGACUCAAAGGCUCUCAGAGAGGAAAAUGAAAAAAUAAGAGGAGAGCUUGAAAUGAUCAAGAAGAGGCUGGAGAUAUCACACCACGAGCUACAGGAGCUGACAGAUGAGAAAAUCAUAAACACCAAACAGGUCACCGAUCUGGAGGUGCGGUGCUCUCAGCUGAUCAGAGAAAAAGAGGAACUGCAGAGUGAAAUUAAAGGCAGACGAGAAGAAAUGCAGGAAAAGUGCUGUGAGCACAGGGAAUCCGUGGAAGUCUUGGAAUUAGAAAACCAGAAACUGAGGAAUCAGUGUCUGCGCUUGGAGGGUGAGGUGUUUGAGAAGGAAAAGCGGGAGGAAGAGUGUCGCAAACAAGAUGUGGUAAAGGUCCAGACCAUCGAGGAACUGAAGGCUGUGGCCUCACAUUGGACAGAGAAAUGGCAAAAAGUGGCUUUGACCCUGCAGUCUACACAAGAGGAGUUAGAGGAGUUAAAGAAGAACUCAAGAAAUAAAGGAGGAUGUGACUCGCUGCUCAGGGAUGAGCUUGAAAAGCUGGAGCUGGAAAGGAGCAGGAGCCAGGCACGUCUUCACAGAGAUAAGGACAAAGGUAAAGGUGAAGGGGGCCAGAUUCCAGACAAAGGGACAGAGACAUGCUUAUCAGAAUCCUCUUUGUUAUGGGACUCUGAGAGCCACCCAAACAAAUCCCUUCAGGUCAGCAUCCAAAGCAGUGAGGUUCAAAGGCUGAAGCAAAAACUUGCAGACAAAGAGAAUGAACUAAGCGAAAAAGAACAUGCUUUAAAGACUCUAGAAAGGCUGAGAGAGAUGGAAAAAAAUGAGGCUAAAAUCAAGAUUUCUGCCCUGGAGCUCAAGCUCAUGAAAAAGCUUCCCGAAGAUGGCCAAGAUCAGGGAAGCAUUCUAACAGACAUCUUCAUUCGUGACUCAGAGGAGAUUCCAGAGAAGGUGAACCAAAUCCUCCCAAGCUCGAAGCUUCAAACCCAGAGGCAGUUUUAUGAGGUUGAAGAUGGGAAACCUUCUGUCCAAGGCCAAAGGGGCAAAACAGUCUGUCCGCUUAAUGUAGACACAGAGCAGCAAAGGAGACUGGUUACUGAGCAGUUAAAGAGUUUAUUUAAAGAACGAGAGGGAAAGGAGGCCCAGCAGGGUGACAGCAAUGGAGCCUCUUCACCUCAAGACUGGACACCCACAGUUAAACUUGUUAGGGCUGCAGUGGACAGGAGAAACUGGCAACAAGCCUCGGGUUUGAUGCCAGUGUUUGAGGAGGAUGAAGAGGAGAUUAACGGCUGUCCAGCAGAGGAGGAGGAGGGAGAGGCAGGAGAGGAGACCCAUGAUGAAAGCCUCCUUGAUCAGAAACAGCAGAUCUCAGCUAUGACUGCAGAAAUCAACAAUCUGAAGGCAAAAAAUGACAGUCUGCUGCAAGCCUUAAGGUCAAAGAGGUCAAUCUGGGACCGUAGCCCCCCCAAAAAGCUCUCAGAUAAGUCUUCUCAGUGUUCAGAUGAAUAUGGCCCAGAGUGGAAGAGGACACUUCCCCUUUAUCCUGAUGGAAUAUUCCUGGCUGAGCUUGUACACAUCUGUAGCCCUGAUGAAGAGGAGGGAGAGGUUAAAUGA